AUGCUCGCCUUCCAGGCGAAUAACGCAUUAAGGUUGAAACAGCUUAACCCCCCUCGGCUUGGAAGGGCCUUGCGCCUGCAGCGAGGCGUAUACGAAGGGUUUCUGAAGCUCUACGGCCAGGAGCAUCCGGAAACCCUCCGAGCAGCCAACGACCUCGCGGUGACGCUUAGCGAGCUACAACCUCCGAGCUACAAAGAAGUCAAAGCAUUGUUACGCAGGACGCUGCCCGUGGCGGGAUGCGUUCUUGGGAAGGAUGUUUAUAAUGGAGAGAGUGAGAGUACUUAUAAUGGAAGGUUUGGCAUCGUGCUCAAGAUGCGUUGGGUUUACGCGGAGGCGCUCUACAAAGACGCCGGUGCCACGCUCGCUGAGCUCCGCGAGGCCGUGGCGACGCUCGAGGAGACGACGCGGACCACCCGGCGCGUGCUCGGUGGCGCGCACCGGCUCACCUCGGCGAUUGAGGAUGAAUUGCGAAAAGCGCGAGCCGCGCUCCGCCGUUCAGGCCGAUCCUCGGAGCCGACGCCAGACGACGAAACGACGUCGCGGUGCGUCAUCUGCAUGGCUUCGCAGAGCGACCACUUCUGCAUCCCUUGCGGACACGUCGUCUUUUGUGGGUCGUGUGCGCGAGACCCCCGACUGGAGCGGAAGUGUCCGGUAUGCCGCGAGCACGUCGAGGGCGUGCGAAGGGUAGAAGCGCGACCGCGCGCCGCCGCCGCUCCGGACGCCAGGCGGGCGCAGACCGAGGCGAGGUCGUACCUCCCUACGCCGUGGAGCGUGGAGGGCCAGGCGGCCGCGGAGCGCCGGUUCCUAGAGCGGUGCUUAGCCGCGGAGCGCCAGGCCGCGGAGCGCCAGCGCCAAGCCGAGGCGUGGACGCCGGCCGACGAAGAGGAGCUCGCGGCGCUCCGGCUCGAGGCCGCCAGGCGCCAGCGCGAAGAGGCAGCCGAGCGCCGGCGCCAAGAGGCCGCCGAGCGCCGGCGCCAAGAGGCCGCCGCAGAACGCCAGCGCCAAGAGGCCGCCGCCGCGCGCCGGCGGCGCCAAGAGGCCGCGGCGAACAAAGCCCAGGAAGCCGCGAAACGCAGGGCCGAAGCCAGGCCCCCGGCGGGCAUGACGGGGUUGGAGAUGCAAAGUUGGCAGAGGCGAGCGAUCGAUCGAAUACGCGACAUCGACGCAGAAAAGGAGCCAGAUAUGAUCCUCGGCGUCCAACGCGGGGCGCCAAAGCAUGAAGUCAAGGAGGCAUACCAAGCGUUGGCCAUUUUAUUCCAUCCAGACAAGUGCGGCGCGCCCGACGCGUCCGAUGCCAUGCAGAAAAUUAACACGGCCCGUCAAAAAUUAUUUCUGGCCGCGACGUCGGAACGCGAGUGUGCCCCGCCGCCGCCGCCGCCUCGGACGCCAAGUACCUCCUCGACGCCGCCGCCGCGCUCGCCGCCGCCGCGGCCUACCGAGCGAUGUAUAAUCCAAUAA